AUGCAUAAAAAGAUAGUGCGCAAAGGGCCGCUGCCUGGGGGUCGCCGGGGCGCGUCUGGAGCUGGCGCUGGACGCGGCAGCAUGCGGGCCGCCAGCCGAGCGCGAGGAGCUGCACGGUCAUCUACCAGCCCUCCGCAUCCAUCAUCCCCACCAGAAGGCUUGGUGUCGGCUGGGUCUUCUCGGACUCAGCAAGCGGCACCCGCCGCUGGUGGAGCACGUCGCAUGCGUUGGUCACAAGAAAUGAAUGCAAACGCACUGCGGGCGUACUUUAGGGCAAAAGGGGAAGAAACUGGAUGUUUGGCGUAUCGGGCUAGGAUGCAUCGUCUUUUUGCUGAGCUGGAGCCAUCUUUAAUCGUCACAGAGCAAAACCUGGCAGACCGAGUUCGGUAUAUCUUGCGCUCAAAUAUAUUUGGUGUCGCCGAACUCGAACGGCUACGACGUGAGGCUGUUCCCUCGUCGUAUGAGAAUGCUACGGCUGAGGAUGCGGCGCCACAAAUGGUAGAGCAACCCGCAAACGUGGAUGCCGCCGUGAAUACCCCAGUUGUGGUUGAUUCAAACGAUGAUGGAACAGUCGCCCAGGAACUGGAAUUAGAGCAUAUGAGGAGUAUAUUGGAAGAGGCGAUUGUGGAAACGCGCAGUACGCCUCUCGAAAAUCGACCGCGACUUCCCCGCAUAGCCCUAAGCAAGCGGAAUCGGGCUGUCGUGAGGGCUCUGAACCCAAUGCUGGGGACCUAUUUGGAAGCCAGCCGGGACCUUUGCGAGACGGACUCAAUUCUUUUUGGCGCCGCGCUGGCAGUCUGCCGUAUCAUAGGCGCCAAGGUUUCCACGGCUGGACGCGCUACUGGCCAUAGUAGCGCUAUCCCAGCAUGGAGAAGAAGAAUUGAGGAACGUAUCGCAAAGGCUAGAGCUCUCAUCGGCAGACUGAUAUGCUUCAGAUCAGGCAACAACAGGCCAAGAAUUGUGCGCACCGUCAGGAUGGCGUUUGCUGGGACAAAUGUCAGUUUGUCCCAGCCGGAUAUAACGCAAAAACUGACGGAGAGCAUAGAUGAUCUGAAGCAGAGAAUCGCUGCUUGGGGAAAGCGGAUUCGGCGAUAUACCGAGAGGUCGACACGGUUCAACCAGAAUCGUCUCUUCCAGAGUGAUCAGAAGAGGCUCUAUGAAUCAUUGGAGCGACCAAUGGUAAGUGGAACGGGUCCAGCACCGAAUCAGGCCGACACUGUAGCAUUCUGGCGCGGCCUGUGGUCAGAGCCCGUAAACCACAGCGAGGGCCCUUGGACGAAAGUUGUGGCGAGUCAGUGUGCGGGUAUUACGCCCAUGGACCCCGUCAUCAUAACGCCGGAUGACGUAGCUGAGGCGGUUCGUAGGGCCCCGAACUGGAAAAGUCCGGGGCUUGACGGGCUGCAUCACUACUGGCUGAAGGGGUUCAUGGUGUGUCACUCUGUGCUCGCCCGACAGUUUCAAGAGGCUCUCAACCAGAAGUCGCUCCCAAGCCUCUUCACUACUGGGAUCACUCAUUUAGUUCCUAAAGACCAGGGUACCACAGACCCGAGCAAAUACCGCCCCAUCACGCGUAGGGAAGUGACGACCCCAUCGCCCGCUGACGUAACGGUUACGUGA